AUGAACUCUAAACCUUAUUCAAAACUAUUUAGAAUAAAAUAGCAUAGUUAAAUAAAAAUCCAGAAUGAGAUAUUUUUUUGCCAAUUGUAGACCAUAAAAAAAAGUUGAUUUUUAUAUAAAAAUUCUUCCUCCUUGGUUUCAAAGGGAAUAGAGAAUCAGUUUAUAAGGCUUAGUGACCUUAAGAAAAGAUUGGAGAGAAAUGGAGAAGAGCAGAAUAACCUUAACAUGGUCAGUGAUGAAACUAGUUUUCUUGAUGGAGGAAUUAAAUGUGAUUAUCUUGCUGGGACAGUCCAAUCCUGCUUGAGCUAGUUGAAAUGGGUCUAACUUCGUGAAGAUAAACUUUGAAAUACAUAAUUAAACAUCA